CAGUCACAGCUCCUGGAGUGACGCAUGUCAUGCGAUGCCAGUCUACCUGGCCACUCCCCCUCCCCCCUCUGUAGGCGGCCUUGGACAGUUGCUAGGCAACAGAACACAACUGUGCACUGACGUGUUCAGAUAACAGGUAAUGAAAGGGGCACAGGGUGGGGGGCACUGGGGGGCACAGCUCUGCACUUUUAACCCAUUGUAUAGGACACAAAGCCUCAGCUGGUGUGGGGGCAAAAUAACUGCAAGCAGGCAUCAGGCUCCAGAGAGAGUAAUGUCACCUGUGAAUAUAUAAACUAAUGUAGGAUAUCAGUGUCAGUGCUUUAUCUGCUAAAUAACCCUGUGACCCUGCACUGCAUAGAGACUACAUUACCCAUAAUGCCCAGUCUGCCUUUACUGCAAAGCACACAGCCACCCCAGGUUAAUGAGAUGUAGACACUGGAGGUGGCUGGUAAAUGCCAAUGGUGUUGCAGUAUGACUUCAGUCCCAUACUACAGCCUGGUACUAGGAGAUAAGGCACCAAGAAAAAUAUAUAUAUAUUGUGAAUCACUGCGGUGAGCUUAUUACUUUAUUAUUCAUUGAAGUCAAUAAUUUAUUGAUAUAUUUAUAAACAGUUUUAUCAGGAAAAUACAUUGAGAUUCCCCUGACAGCCAUGUAAAAUACAAUGUUGCUUAUUAAUAUCCGGAGCAGUGGUUUUUAAUGGGCUGGGACCCAAAAUUGUGACUUCAUGUCAUUUUACUGGAUAGCACAGGGACAAAAAGUUUAUAGAAACUCAGGCAACUUCUUCAGUACUUAAUUUUUUUUGCAGUGACAUUGCCAUUCUCAGGCCAGUGGAAGCCAUGUAAAGAUAUCAUGAAGUUGGUUUGCAGAGUUAAUUUUUUUAUAUAUACUACAUUACAAUGGAAUAAUGGGUCACAGAUAAUUUUUAAACUGAAGAAUGGGCUAUUAAGCUUGAUAAUGAUCAAGCAUGAGAAUCCAUUCUCAUUUUAAAUACAUGGAGAAUUGAAGCUUGUGCUGUGCCUGAUGUGAGAAGCAGACAUGAAUAAGUGUAUUGUAGAGAUGCCCCAUUUCACGUUGAGAUUGACAGAGGUUUGGUGCAACUGUACAAUAACUAGAUGUUCUAAUUGGAAACAUUCUCUAUAUACCUUGUUUUCAACAUGUAUUAGUGGUUUUCCAUCAUAAGUUAUUACUGCAUUCGCUAGUGAAAGUCUAUAGUAACUCCUAAUUAAGUUAUUUUAACUUUUUCUGCCAAACUGGGCAGUUUACAACACAGUCAAAAUGAGUAUUUCAAAAAGAUUAUAUAUUUAUCAUUUUUAGGGGAGGUGACAAUGUUGCUUUAACAGGAUAUGUUCGAAAAGGUAACCAAAACUCUUCAGACACUGUCAGUUCAAAGUCAUACACACAUGCUGAUAAAAUAGAGGUGCGUGCAGUCUGAGACCCAAGAGUCCCACACAGUGUGUGUCCGAACAUAGGUGGUGGACUGGUGAAAUUUUAUUUUUUAAAUUUCUUCUCCAUCCUUUGUUCAGGGACUUGCGAGUUCCUUGAUUGUUACUAUUUCUGCUGAGGAGAACUGUGUGUCUCCAGUUUUUUUGCUUGUUCUUACCUGAGAAAAGGUUUUCAGGAUUAUCAUACCUGACAGGGACCUGCAAGUCCCAGAACGUUUGCUUUCUCACUGUUCGGAUUAACAAAACUUAAAAAUAAUUUAAAAAUGUUUACAAAAAAAAUAGGAAAAAAAUACAGGGGAGGUGCAGCUCCUAAAUAGUUCUUAUUUGGAUAUAUGCAACGACAAGGAAAAAGAACAGGAAAAACUGAUAGUGUAGUAUAUUAAAACUGGUGUUGGUAUAAAUAAGAUAAAAAUGUGCACUCACACCUUUUUGGAGCUUCAAUGCAGCUCCAACUUAUGCGCCGUGGCUGUAUGAUCCCCGCCUAAGGAUAUAGUGCAGUGCAGAUUCUUCAUGUGCUCGUGGUUGAAGAAGGUGUCCUCGUAAAAAUAAAACAGAUAAAAAUCGUAGUAUAGUGCAGUAUAUUGAGCUUAGUAGCAGGGUUAGGUAUAAAUAUAAAAUGUUCAGUCACAUGUAGUGGAGCCCUAAAAUUGGCUCCACAAAUAGCCUGUGAAGUGAUAUAAUCCCCACUCAAGGAUAUAGGUGUAGUCAGUAUCUCUGUAGGUAUGUAUAUAGAAAGGAACAAAAUAAAAGCCACAAUAGCGUACACCGUUAUUAUGGAGUGCAAGGUACAAUAAAAAGAUAAAAACCUACUUACAUGCUUUAGAGCAAAGUACAGUUUGCUCAAUCCAAUACGCUUAGGGGGUAUUAUUCCCACCAAGGAUAUGUAGCCCAAGGAUCCAGCAGCAGCAGCAGAAACAGGUCCAAUAAAAAAGUACUUUAAUUAUAUAAAAUAUAAUAAAAACAGUAACAAAGUAAAAAAGAAAUAAAACAGUAUCUCAAAAUGUUGGUAAACACUUUUGUUAACAUGUAAAUCCCAAGAGUCGAUCUUCCAAUUUCUUUCAGAUAUCACAACCAUGCCUAAGAAAGGUAAGAAGAAGUCUGGUAAGCUGAGCCGCAUGAGUGAAGAAGAGCGGCUGAUUUACAUGCAGCAGAAGAUGCUAGCAGAGGAGGAGCAAAACAAGAAGAAAGAGGACAUGUUAAUGCAAUUUCUAAAGGCAAGGCUGUUGAUAGCAGUCAGAAACAUGACACCACACAGAGAUAUGGAGCAAAAAUAGGAGUGUGAUUACUUCUCGGAAUUGUACUCAAGAUCAUUUUGUGUCUGUCUAUUACAGUUAAAGGAAAAGUCUAAGCACCAAAAUUGCUUCAUGGGAUUGUAGAUGUACCCUGGCACCGUUCUGCAGUAAUGGGGCAAACUGUUUUACAACAGUUUGCCAUUUUACUUGUUCCUGGUCUCCAGAGUAUGCAGUGUUAUGACAUUCAGCUUCUGUAGAGUUGCAGAAGCCGGGUGUUGAUGCUUCCGCUCAUUCAUUGGCUAAGAACGUCAGCUGACCUCUCUCAGCCAAUGAAUGGGUGUCUGUGCAUAUUUGCACAGAACUGACAUUAGCCAGCCCGGCAGCAUAGAGGUUAGAUUUGGUAUGUGCAAUGUUUCACAGCAGAACCCUGCACAUACAGACUCCAGGCACCAUGGCCAUUUAAAAUCACUGAAGUAGUCAUCUUGCUUGGAGUAACCCUUUAAAUAGAUUUGUAGUUUAAAAAAAAUGUAAACUAUUAAGCUUAGAAUCACUACACUGUGAGAUCCGGUCAGUUACAUUGACUUUCUAGGAUGUCUGUGCUUCCUUUUCUCUGAAAAUAUAGUGUUUACUUCAAAAGGCAUGCAGGGACUGACUAUAGACACCAGAACAGCUACAUUAAGCUGUAGUUGUUCUGGUGACUAUAGUGUCCCUUUAACACACAGUGGCAACUGGAUACAUGCAUUUUAAUUUACCUGUCAAUAAGGUUUCUAUUCAGGUAACAUAGAAAUAUGUGUAAUUAGGGUGGAUGUUAUGUCUCUGCUUAGAAAUAGAUGAUUGGACAUCAAAGGUAACUUUGCCAAUUUACAUCUAACAUGAAGAUCUGGACUCUAGGUAGUAAAAUGCUAUAUCUGUGAAUUUUAUAAAUGCUGCUGUCAAGGUGACCUGAGAUACUCAACACACAGUGGUUGUGUCCUAGAUAAAUCCUAUAUAAUUGUAAGGAAAGCAGCACACCCUUAGCAUGAUGUUUAUAGAAAGGUGUAAUGGUAAAAACUGGUAGCAGGUAGAAUGGCCAAGGAGUUCUAGUAGUAAAGAUAUCUGAUAAACAAGAGAACAAGCUGUGUUAAAGGUUACUAAAAACAGAAAAGUAUUGAGCCAAAGUCAGGUCUAAUAACACAAAUACAGAAUAUAGUACAACACUAAAUGACAGUUUAAUAAGUGUUUAUAGUCUGUGACCUAUAACUGUUGGCCAUUACCAUUCCAGUGUGUGCGUGUGUGUGUGCUGUGCACUGAUAAUGAGGUAGCGCGGGUGCUUGUUAAAGGAUGGUUGUUAGUGAUGCUAGAGGGCCUUAGAAGGGCAGCGUUCUGUGUCAGUAAUGAUGCCAGGAAGACACACAGCAUCAGUUCAUGGAGCAGCUUGAGAGACAGUCUGGGCCUGUACAGCAGGUGACUUGACAUCUCUACUAUAGUAACAAAAUUUGCAUUAAAUCACAAAUAAAUGUUUAAUCAUUGUUUGUUAUUAUUAAUAAUGUUAACACUACAUAUCCCAUGUAAUAAGUGCAACAUGUUACGUGAUGUCAAACAUCGGGAGUCUUUAUCUGCCUACUAGGACUACAGCAAUACAGCAGUACAUAAUGUAAACUUUCCCAUGAAGCUGUUCCUUCAAAUACACUUUUGAUGUAAAAUGUGCUGUAUAAAUGUUAAUCAGCAGCACCAUGUCUUAAUACAGGAUAAGCUUUCUAAAGAGGAGAGUUGCAGCAUUAUUAACUUGAACAAGCUGAACGUGCAGUGGCGCUCUGUCCUAAGGGAGGUAAAGACCAAGGAGCUGCAAAAGGAUAUUGAAAUACUCAGUCAGACCUUUGAACGUGUUGUGGAUUGCAAGGACAGUGUCAUCAAGGUAAUUCUAAGUUCUUUAUUUACCAACUAUGCCAGGAGUCAAUCAUAUCUUUACCUUUAAGUUGCAGUAAGGCCACUAAACACAAAUAAUAUAAUGUAUUUCAUGAUCCAUGAAAACAAUUCUGUCCUGCAAAUAAACUGAUUGCUGAUACUGAUAAACUGAUUGUCUUCGGAAAAUAAAAAAAAUGUUUAGUAUUGUAUGAGGCUUACAUACUUUAGGCUAAGCAGGAUUUGUGGAAGCGAUCUUCUUUGUUAACUAAUUUGCAAGGCUUUGUUUACUACUUCUUAUAAGAGUACUUGUUCUUACACAUCAUCCUUUAUGCAUAUGCCUGGACAUGAGCGUGUAUAAAUGUUGUGAUCACCUAUCUAUAAAGGCUGAUAGCUAUAAUUGUCAUUAACAUUGUCUACAGAACAUAUAUUACAAUCAUAAAGCGUGCAUGUAACCAUAGCAUUCUUUUUAGUCUUUAGCGAAGGAUGUAGAAGAGUCAGAAGAGCAGUACACUCAUGCACUGCGCAGCCAUCUACAGAACAUCGACCAACUGCUGGAACUGCAGCGAGAGCGCAUUGCCCUCCUGAAAGAGGAAUAUCAGCAAGAGCUGGAUGCUGUGCAGAAAGAAUUUGAGACAGAGAGGUUUGUGUAUUAUAAUGGGAUGUUUUCAGUUUCUGUAAGAUGAGGAAGCAAUCACUUUUUGAAUUAAAAGCCAAAUGAUUGUGGUCUUUUAAUAUAAUAUAAAGAGAACGCUUUGUACUCAAACUUGGGUUAGUUUAUUAAAAUUAGUCUAGUAUUUUUAUGCCAGAUUACAUUUACUCACUGGCAUAUCUAUGCUUUGUUAGCAGCAAAGCUACUCUAUAGUAAACCACAUAAAUCAUAACUCUGUCUCCUAUUUACUAGAUGGUAGUUCAGUUAUCUGAUGUAAAAAAAAAACUAAAUAAUUUUCUGAUGUAAAUCCUAUGCCCAGUGGAACCAGCUCUAAGUUCCAGCUAGGCAUUCAUCACCCGCCAGGCUUUUUUCUGUAGCCUUCCUAGGCAUGCAAGUAAGACGUACAAUAAACCAAUUCACUAGCACAGCACUUUGUGGUGCUGAAAGGGAAAAAUAACACAAACAUUAAAUGAAAUCAAACAUGUCUAGCAUCCAAUGGACCCAACAAUCAACCCGAGAGAGUAAAACCUCUUUCACCUUUGCCUUAAGCAUGUUGAAUAAGCAAUUUAAAAGACAUAUUAUUUGGGGUCCCAAUGUUGAGUAAGGAUUUGGGGGCACUAGGGGAUGGAACUCUAGGAGCUGAAGAAAGAAGAUGCAGGUGCCCCAAGGGAACAGCUCCAUUGCUCCAUAUAAAAAUAACUUACUUCUCCUGCACCCACGGGUCACCAUAGCCAAGGAGUGAUGUCACCAACGAUUACAAAAUCAACAAUUUGCAACCAAUUGCAAAAUAUACAAGUACACCCAAAGAUGAAAGAACCACUUGUGUUAUAUGUACCUUAUCUUCAGCUAUUGUGAAAUUAUGCUUUUUAGGCUGUAAGCUUUGAAUAGCGCCCUCACCUCUGUUUGUUGUUAAGUCAGCUAAUGUCGGUUUCAUAUUCAUUGUUGAAAAACUAUGAGUGAUUUUCAGUUUUGUUGGUAUUAGAAGUCGUGCUCUACUGUAUAAUUUCUGCAUGUGGUUGUUCUCAGCCCAAGCCUGCAUAUGAGGUCCAUGACCUUGAUUUAAUAUUGUUGGAUAAGCUUUCCAACAGAUUUCAUAUUUUUGGAUUAACGUUUAAAAUAAUUUUUCCAACAUAUUAAGAUAUCAAAAAUAUAUCACAAAUAAAAAUAUAUCAGAAAGUAUAAAAUAUUACAAAACAAAAAAUAAAUUAAACUUCUAUAACGAUUUCAUAUUAUGAAAAAUAUUUUAUUUAUUUAAUAUUUUCAUUUGGAAAGCUUCUCGUGCAAUACUAAAUCGAGGACUAUGUUUGCAUUCUUGCAGGAAGAUGAUAAUUGAGCACAUGGAAACUGAAGCUUCAUAUCUUCAGAAUGUUAUUCUGGCCAUGGAACAAAAUAUCACAGAGGCUGAGAGUGAAUCUAAAAUGGAGUUUCAGAAUAUGAGGGAUGAAAUAAAAAAUAAGGUAUGCCAACAUUAACUGAUUAAUAGAACAAUCGCCUUUAAAAAAAUUAAUAUAUGAACUUGAGAAUUUCUAUAAUUUCCACUUUGGAAAUGUUGUUUUAUAAGUGAUUCUCAUACCGCUCUUCAGAAAUCACAGAAUUUUGAGUUUAUCCAAUUCUGAUCCAAUUGACUAUUAUUGGGGACUAGUUUGAAAAUUCCUGCUGCCAGGCCCAGGCUCCACCCCUUUCUUUUGACAUCGGUAUAAUUGAUAGGAUAUUUGGGGAUACUGCUAGUGUACCUACAAUAUGCUGUUUAUUUCUGUACUUGUUGAUUGAUUUUUAUUGAAAGAGGUCCCUGAGGAAGUCCUUUUUUAUAAGGACGAAAUGCGUAGGACCAGCAUUUCUUAUUUUCUUUCUUAUUUUGUUUUUAUGAAUUUUUAUUUGUAUACCUCCUGAUUUUAUAAGUGAAUAAAUCGCCUUUGAAGUAUUCCUUUGGCUGCAGUUUGUGGAUCUCCUUGCUGACCUGGAUAUCCCACUGGCUAUCACUUGAGUAGGGAUAAUUAAAGGAAAACAACCCCCCAUUUACAUCGAGGGGAGGCACCCAUAAUACGCUUAACUUUUUGGAAUAUGUGAGUGCAUAUUAAUCAUAUUAAUCAUCAGAUGUUUUAUAGUGUUUAGCAAUAUUUGCACUGUUUUGUCCUCUAUUGUAGGUACACUAGCAGAAUCCCAAAAUAUCCUAUCAAUUAUACAGUCUUGUUAUAUGGUUAUCAGCUGGGAAAUAACCUUGGGAAGCAGUGUGUCUGUGUGUAUUUGUUGUUUUUUGACGUCAGUGCCUGAGACUGUCCAACAAGCUAUCAUCAUGUUUUGCUUCAUCAAUAAAUUUGUUAAUUGAACCUUAAGGCAUCAUUCAGCAAUUCUACAAACAACACUGUAUAGUAAUUAGGCAACCACUCAAUUUCCUUUUUUUAUGUCAACUAUAUAACUUGUCAUCUAUCUUAAAUGGUGUCUCUCGUUGCUCUCUACCAAUGUGAUAGAUAAUGUCUUUUGAUUCCAUUCCAACAUUGCUGAGCCAGUAAACUUAAUUCUAUAGUAAUCAAUAUAUUUUCAUUUUCCUUUGCUAGUGGGUAAUACCUUGGUCUCCUAUGACGACCAUUAAAGGAACACUAACAGUAUAACUAGAUAUAUCUAUUUAUAAUUUUUUUUUUGUAUAUAACAGUGUAUUCCACUGCUUGCUUAGAUUGUUGCCCUCCUUGUUUAAGUAAAAUAAAGAAAUUCGUUUCAACUUUUGUGUAGCACGGUCCUUGUAUCGUUAUGAUUGUCACUUAUCCUCUUUUGGCAUCUUCUUAACGAAUUUAGAGAAGCAUUGGAACUCAACAGGAUUUCAGCUUCUCUUAGAUGUUGUUGUUUUAUUUUUCAUAUGGUCUAAAGAUGGGUUUUACCUCUUACUACCUUCAUCAAUAAUGCUGUGACGACAUAGGAAGUUAAUAUAGUCCACACAGAGAUAGCCCCUUAACUGCUUAUGGGACAAUAAAGAAAAAACUAUCUCUAAAACAAAUUGGAGAUUUCCCCCCAAUCAACAUAGUUUGUUAUACCUCUUUGAAUUUCUCCUCAUUAUCCAUGUUGUCCAAUGCAAUGGCAUUAUAUGGCUUUUUCCCAUUUGUCAGCUGAGUACUGGAUGUGACUUGCUUAUUGAAUAGCCAUAAAAUGUCCUCUUUGGCAGCCUUGUUGUGUCCUAUCAGCAUGCCUAGGUGUUCAUUAAAGGGACACAGCAUAAAGUAGUGUUUGUCCCUGCCCUUUUAACAAUAUAUACACUGCCAUUCUGAGAUCUUCAUCAAUGAUAAUCUUAGCCAGGGUGGAAAAGCUCCUGCAGUGAGACCAGCAUAGCAUGGAAUAUAAGGUAAGUGAGUGUACUUUUCUUAUCUUUAGUAAUAAUCUAAAUAGUUGUGAAAACACUCUAAAAUUAGGAAAACAUGUUUGUAUUUCUAACAUUAGAGUCUUCCUUUAAGAACCUCUAAUUCUGUGGUAAACCUAAUGUUCACCAAGUUGGCUGUGUUACCUUUUGUGGCUGGAGUCAUCACAAUUUCAUUCUGAGAUGUAGCUGUGAUGUCAUCAAGCUGUCUUUCUGAAGUUUAGCUGGGAUGUCUCUUGAUGAUGCACUGGCAUCAGAGUACAUAAUGCUAUCAUCAUCUGAGGCUAAAGUGGAAACAUCUAGCAGCUCAGUUAUCUUAGGUCUUGUCGACUGAGAAAGUAGUGUGCCUUUGUUACAGUUCCUGCUACCCUGUGGGAACUUUAGUUUACGUAAUCUUUUACCCAUGUUCUUAGUUGGUCUGGAAUAAUUAAAGUAGGGUUAGGCUGUGAGUUAUUCUGAGGUGCAAAAUGUAAUAAAAAAAUAAAGAUGGAAACUGCCACUUGGCAUAGGAAGUGGGCACUUUUUGAAUCACGAGUAGUCAGUAGAGUUACAGAGGUAGUCUGUUAAAGGAAUACCUUUUCAUCUGGAACUGCCUGUUGGGCUGGCAAAGUGCAAGUCGAAGUGGGGAUUCUCCAGUCCUCAAGUAAUCACUAGCCUGCAAUGCUAGAUUCCUGUUUCCUGAAUUUAUCAGGGAACUGAAAGCUCGGAUUAGCUUGCCCUGGAGUCCUCUAGUUGCAGGCUUGAAUGGUGCUGUGUUGCUGUGGUAUAUGACAGAAUUAAUUACAGCCAUGCAGUGCACUAGAAAUCUAUGUCUGCCAUGCUCCCUGGACAAGCCCCCCAAUAAUACUUCUCUUUUAAAAUGAAUGUAAAACCUUUGGCCCUUCAUUAAAACUGAUAUUCUAUAGAUCACCUGUUCAAUUAUUAAUGUGAACAAGGCAUCAUCUUUACAUAUUUCGUAAUGUAAUGUAUGAUACCCUGUAGACAGGGGCAGUAUCCAUGGUUUAUGUACUUAUUUCCUACUCCUUUUUUGAUUUUAAGGCUUACCUCUCCUCCUUUCCAUCCCCUAUUAAAUCCAUAUACUUUUUACUGAACAUGUUUUUUUUUUUCUUUUUCAUUUUGUAAGUCAUACAGACAAUGUGAUAAACCUAAAAAAUAAAAGCCUGUGCAACUUUGCAUGUUUCUUUGUAAUCUGUACAUCUGUUUAUAUAUGUACAGAACACAUUAAAGGAGUUAGAAUGUUUGUAUUCUAACAAAUCCAGUUUCUAGUAAAGGAAUAUUUUUAGUAGCUAAAUGAUAAUAAAAUAAAAUCCUGUAGAUUGCAUGCAACACUUUGUAAAGGGCAGUGUUUUUCUGUUUUUGACGGCCAGAAUUUGGAAGAGAAGCACGCACUUCGUCUUUUGCUGGAGGGGUCAGUGGAGGAUUUGUGGAAGCAAUUUCAACUCGCAUUGAAAAACUACACUGACUCUACGGAUGAUCGUAGGAUUGCCUACGAAGCACUGAAAGCUAAAGAUGAGAAAAGUGCACUUGAAAUUGAGAUGCAGAUGAAAAAGCUGCAGAAAAUUCAGGUAACCAUUUAUUGUUGAUUCAUUAGAUUACAUUAAUAUCGUGAUACCAUUAAUUCACGUGAUAUGAAAAAUAGUUUUGCCUCUUGAGACUCCACUUUGAAUAUGCUGUGCAAUUUUGGGCACCAGUUUUAAAGGAGGAUAUUACAGAGCUAGGAAAAGUGCAGAGGCAAACUACAAAGUUAAUAAGCCAUCAGUUGUGAAGCAAGGCUUGAAAAACAGCAUGUAUUUUUUUUGAGAAAAAAGGCAUCUCAAAUGGGAUAUGUUGGCACUAUACAAAUAUAUACAGGGUCAGUACAGCCUUACCUAAUAACCCUCAUUAGCAGCGAUGUACAACAGACAAGAGGUCAUCUAUUGAAACUGGAAGAAAGGUGUUUUCUCUCUCAGUAGAGUAGAGGGUACUUUACAGUGAGAACAAAAUGUGAAAUUCUCUGCCCAAAGAGUCGCCUUAUCAGAUUAUGUAGAUAUAUUUUAUUUUCCAAAAAGGUUGGAUGUCUUUUAGGAAACACAGAAUAUUCAAAGAUUUAAUCGAUCUGCAUGUAAACAGGUUGUUUAUCCAAGUAGAAAUGUGAUUGUCAUUACUGAAUCAAGAAGGGACUUCUCCUCUUUUUGUGGCUUAAUUGGCCAUUGAUCCAAAUUGUUCUGCUUUUUUUUGCAUUAUUUAAGAUCAACAGCAUAAAAAGAUUUGUUUAAAAUUUGCAGUCAAUUGACUUGAAUCUUUUUUUUCAACCUAAAAUAACUAUGUUUUUUUUUUCUUCAGGAUUCAAUAGCAUCCCUAAAAAAUAAGAUUUCAGUGCAUGCCCGUGAAAGCGAGGAGCAAAACCGUCGUUUGCGGGAGAAAAAAGAAGUUAUGCUCAAGCAAUUCCAGAAGCUGAAAAGUCAGAUGAACCAAGCAAGGUCUUCAGAACACAGUCGCCUUGCCACUCUGACAGUGCAGAGCAAUGCAACUCUGAAAGAGCUGCAGCGUAUUAUAAACAAGGUAACCUUCCCCGAUAUGUGCAUGGUGGCCAAAAUUCAGAAUAGCGUUUGUGGAGUCAAUAACAUUUUUCUUAAUUAACCAAUUUCAUUGAGAUCAUGGAUAUUUGUUUGACUAGGUACGGAAGAAGACAUCUUUUAAAUGAGCGCUAUUGCCGUCUUGCAAAUUCAGGCUGUAGCAUUCUAAUUUUUGUACGAAUAUUUUCCUUGAGCUGCUCAGGUAUAAGCAAAGGCAGUACUCAGGAGCUGAAAGGUCAGGCCAACGUGGCUGCAAAUUAAUCUGGGUAUUUCUUGAAAUUAUCCGCUCGCCGAACACUUGUCUCCGGAGGUCCAUCGUGGCCCUGGCUGUAUGGGCAGUAGUCCCCUCCUAUUGAAACCAAAUGUCAGGACGAUUUUCCACUACAGGAUGUACAUUUCUGUGCUUUGACAGCUACAGGCACACCUGUAACUGUCAAAGCACCACCACCAUCGGUUUUGAAGAAGUAGGGCCAGAUGAUCUCUCGACUGCAAAAAAUAAUAAAAAUAACUACUAACAAAUAAGUUAUUUACCUGUCAAAUCCUACUCUGAAUUUUGGCCUAUCUUGUAUAAUCUAUAUAACAUAUUUCUAGUGUAGUUCUUAUGUGUGAAUUUUCAUACCCACGUUUUUUUACUUCCAUCUGAGUAUUAUGAUGUUCCUAAAUGUCCUGUGUAAAAUUUGAUAACCUAAUAUUGAGAAGCAUAGAAAAUGGAGUUGUUUUACCAUUGUUUUAGAAAUAAGUGUAAUUAUAUUUUGUUCCUAUGAGUAAAUAUUCCUAGUAAAUGCUCUUUGUCAUAUAUUUUGUAUGUUUUCUGUUAACAAUUUUCUACACACUAUAUGGCAGCUUUCAAACCAAUUUAUUUAAAUCAUAACUGGCUGACAUUUCUGUUUAUCCAUUAUUUUCAUUUGUCACCCAAGGACAUUAAAUGUUGCUAAGUAGAUUUAGUAUGUUUAUAUUUAAGAUAUUCCACUUGUAUACUAAUAAGGCAUAUUUCAAAUUGUCCCAUGCCCAGGGUGAAUCCAUUCUUCGAGUGGCAGAAAUGUGUCGCAAACUAGAAACCGAGGAAGAGAAAGUCCUGCCAUUCUACCCAUCUUCUCUUAGUGCUGAAGAGAUGGAAGCGGUGGAGAAAGUUAGCAUGGCGAAGCCUUCCGAGCAGUUGGCGCUGGUAAUAUUCUUUAACACCAUGUAGACCUGUUUAGAAAAUCAGUCUCUCACCCUUGUAGGAUUAUUAUUUAUGUAGGUUUUCACUUUAGAUACUGUUACACAUCAUUGAUGCAUAACAGCUACAUACAAAAAAAAAAAUGAACUGUAAUCUUUGAGUUAGAUUAUGUUACUGAAUUGGUUACUAGAGUGUGUUUUGCAGUAUAAAUAUAAAAUCUACUUAUCUUCAUUGCACUUUUGGGCAAUCAGAGCCAUGUAUCUGAGAUGCUCUGCACAGGCAUACACCUUUUAUAAUUUUCCCAUGAUUCCCUAUAGGAGUCCAUUUAAGGCAACUGGAAUUUGCAUAAUAUGCCAGACUGAAAUCUUAUAAAAAAAAACCAAAACAAAACAAAAAACAAAGUACAACUAAUAAUUAAUUUUUAAAUAUAUAAUAAUGGAACAAAAUUGCCAUUUUUAUAAAUGUAUUUACAUCCCUAUUAAGAGUUUUUUUUGUCCUCAGCGUCUUUGUACUGUAUCAAAUGAGUACAGGAUAACUCAAAGGAACAUAGCAUUAACAGCUUGACUUGUAUUAACAUUUUUUACAAUAUCUUUGUAUUUUUUUUUGUUAUACAUUUUAUAGCUAAUGCAAGACUAUAUUGCGCUCGACCAGUUUUGGAAACGCUACAAUAAGGUUUUGCUUGAACAAUGUGCACUGGAACGUGAAAAAACUCUACUGACCCAGGAUAACCAGAAUCUGCGUAUCAUGCUAAAACAGUAUUUGGAUGGCAUCUCUGUGAGUGAAGAGGUCUUAAGUCAAGAGAACCCGCUACUUAUUCUCAACAACCGCAUUAGCCUGCAGCACAAGAUUCCUCCACAGAUUCCUGUAACAGAAACAAGAGUUCGACGCCCAGUACAUAACGUUAUUGAAGCAGCUCAUGUAGUCAGCCAUACACUAUGAGCUGUCAUUUGUUUUAAUCAACUUGAUGUAUUUAACAUGUUACUUCUCUAUGUCUCUUCUGUCUACAGGAGGAGUUAUGUGUCUUGGGCUUUAGAUAAAUACAUACUGUGUUUGCAGUAACAUUGAGACCAUGCUAUUGUUCACCAUAGGUUCUAAAUAAAGUUGUAUUUGUACUGUCAUAGCUGGGGGGAGGUUGAGCUCAAUUCAAUUAAAAUCAUCACUUAGGUCUUUACAAAGUUAUUUCAUUGUUAAAAAAAAAAAAAAAAGCCCUUUUACCAGUUGUAACAACUGGCUUUAAUUCUACUAUAACUCCCAGGAUUAUUAUAUACAUUUGUAAUUAAAAUUAUUCAAUCCCCAUUGAAAAUUAGGUUUAUUGUCAAAAUUUACAGACCAGACUUUCAACUGAAAUAGCUUAACGCAAUGAAUGCUUUAAGUGAAUUCCCCAAAUUCAACUUAAAAUGCAAGUCUCAAAAUUAUUCUUAGUUCUCAGUAGAGCACCCUUUUGCUGUUAUGACCUGCUGUAAACGGGAUGCACGGCCAGACACCAGCUUCUGGUAGCGUUCCUGGGAAUCUUAGCCCAUUUCUCAUGAGCAGUGGCCUCUAGUUCAGUAAUAUUCUUGGGUUUGCGUGCUGCAACUGCCUUCUUCAAAUCCCAUCAGAGAUUUUCUAUAGGGUUCAAGUCAGGUGAGUGUGAUACUUACUGUAGACUUUUCCAAGACUUCUUCUGCAACCAAGCCUUGAUGGAAUUUGAGGUAUGCUUGGGAUCAUUGUUUGUUGGAAUGCCCAAUGACACCCAAGCUUUGUAGUCAGAGUGUUCUUUUUAGCUUAUGCUUCAUUCUUCUACAUCCAAACUGCUGAUUCAUUGGGCCAAAAAGUUCCAGUUUUGUAUCAUGGCUCCACAGAACAGAAUCUCAAAACCUCUGUGGCUUAUUUGUAUGAUUUUGAGCAUAUUGGAGCUGACUUUUCUUGUGCUUUUUGGUCAGUAGUGGUGUACGUCUUGGAGUUCUGGCAUGGAAACUUUCUGCAUUUAGUACGCGCCUUACUGUGCUCACUGAAACCUCAGUACCUUUUGCCACCAAGUCUUGCUGCAAAUCUUUUGUAGUCACACAAGGGUUUUUCACAACCUGCUUUCUCAGAAAUCUGGUUGGAGCCAUUAAUAACUUCCUUGUUCGGCCCUGUCCAGGUAGUGUAACAACUGUUCCUCCAACUUUGAACUUGCAAAUUAUGCUUCCAAUGGUGUCUCUAGGAACAUUCAAUGCGUGCGCUAUCUUUUUGUAUCCUGUUCCUUGUUUGUGAAGGGCAAUGAUCACUUCUCUUAACUUUGUUGACAAUUCUUUUGACUUAUUUGCCAUAUUUCUAACAUUCAGUCCAACGUGACACUCCACAACCCCCUAGCCAUGACAGGCAUUUCAAAUGUUCCAGCUCAAGCACACCUGGUGCAAUUGACGAUGCCCUUGAUUAACUGCAUCAGGUGUGCUUGAGACAACACCUGUUUUGCAUAUUUGUGAUGUAGUGAGGGAUUCUAUUCAGGGGAUUGAAUAAUUUUGAGAUUGGAGAAGACAUUAAAAAACAAAAAAAAAACAACACUGUUUCGUACAUAUACUCCAAAUAAAACAUGCAUGCAUUUAAUUAUUGGAAUUAUUUCUAAAACCAGCUUGUCUGCAGCU